AAAUAAAAAUAUUCAUUAAUUAUUUAAAGUAUUUUCGUUCUUAAUAAGACAAAAUUUUAAUAUGUUAAUUACAAAGUUUGUGUGUGUCUUUACGCAUGUAAAAAUAUGUGCAUAAGCACAUCUUUGAAUAUUAGAGAUGAGAAUAAAAUAAGCAAAAUAUAUUUGAGCAGUAUAUAAUAUGUAACCCACAUAAAAUUUUGCUUAUUUCUUUCUUGCUAUAUCUAAUAUAUAAUAAUAUGUAAAAUAUCUCUUUAUCCAAUAUGCUCUCGUAGCAAAAUAUAAGUACUCGAUCCAAUAUAUAUUAUUUGUUUGUUUCCUUGCUUUCUUCAAAACAUUGACGGAUACAUUCUUCUGACAGCCUUUCGUUAGAACAACAACUUAGUUCCACGAAGAUAAAGCAAUUCUACAUAUCUUCUAGAAUUAAUAAUAUUCUAGAUUUCAUCUUAGGCAGAAAUCUAUUGAAUUCGUGGAUGCGUAACGGACUGGCAUUUAUCGGUAUCAAAGAGAGGAUAUUCGAAAAAGGCAGCUAAUAGGGAUCAAAUUAUCUUAGAGGAAUAGCACUACAAAAAUGGACCAAGAUCUGUUGAAAAAGCAUAUAUAUAUAUUCCAAGGAAUACACAAAUACAAAAAGGAUACUUGCCCAUUAUGCACAUUAGUAAAUAUACUGCAAAAAACGUCUUUUCGUCGGGGUUCCCGCAUUCCUGAGUUCGUUCUACUGGAUAGAUUUCCCGAAACUGACGAACUCAUUCCUGAAGAAUUGUUCAGUCCAAGAUGGAUUAUCGAGUAUAUGAAGAAAGUGCAUGAAAUUAAUAGUAGAAAUAGUAUUGCAAAAUCUACCAAUGAUGGAUUUGUUUAUAAAUAUAAUUCCGACGAUGAAGAAGAUGAAAAGUCAUAUGUUUUCUCCAGUAAUAUGACGCUCGACGAAGAUAUCAUAACUAUAUGCUAUUUAUAUUGUAUUAUGAAAACAUAUGAAUAUAAAGAAUUCCCUCAGGUGAUUGAAUUAAUCGAAAAAAUGAAAAAGAAGUACACUAUACAUGACGGUUUAGAUACUUCCAAGCUAUCGACAGAACGUGAUUCAAAAAAAGUUACCUGGUUCAAAAUAGCAUAUUCUUACCCGAGUAUAACAUUUUCAAUUUUCCAUUAUGGCAUUGUCGAUAUGCCUUUACCUGUUUGUACAGCAUUUUCUAAUUUCGAUCUCCCUAAAAUUUUUAACUUACCACUAUUCACUUUAAUUGUUCCUGCAUUAGAUCUUGGUACUCCACUUACGUUGCUUCUGGCUUUCAAUGUUUUUACAGAUAGUAAUAAUGAGCGCACACAUGAAAUAACUUCAGUAGAUAAACUCUGGCAUUAUACAUAUCAGUUAUUUUUUUCUAAAGUCUUUCCUUCAAGCUUAAAAUUACAAUUAUGCGAACAGUGGGGUAUUGUGCACCGAGUAGAAAAUCAAUACAAAUAUGCUUUUUAUUUUAAAGAAACUCAUAAUGAAGCUGUGGCUUUAAUAUCACGUUUAAAAUCAGACGAUCCAGGAUUAAAAAAUAUACUUCGACUUUUAUAGAUCUGUUUGUGACUUCUCCAGGAUUAAUAUAUAUGGCUAAUUAUAUCGUCAAUUUAUGGUAAUAGUUUUGUCCGACUAAUUAACAAAGUAAUUAUAUAUAUAUAUAUAUUUCAAGAACAAGUAUUUUAAUAAUGUCGUUUUGUUUAGUUUUUUUGAUAAACAAAAU